UCUCUAUUUCAUCGCAUCCACCCCCCACUCCCCCGCCUCUCUCUCUCUCCACCACUACCCCACCUCCACAAGCUCUAACCCUUGGGAUCUGGAUGCUCCGCCAGUCCCCCGCGGCCGCCGCCGGGCCUAAGCCCGGUCCGCCGAAGAAGCGGGGCAGCUACAAUUGUGGCCGAUGCGGCCUCCCCAAGAAGGGCCACGUCUGCCCCUCCGGCGGCGGCCACGCCCUCCCCCCUCGCUCCGAUCACCGCCUCCGCCGCGCCCUCUCCUUUGAGGAGGACCGGUCUCCGACAGCAGCCGCGGAGGCGAUGGAGGAGGAGGUGGCGGAGACCGCGGUGGCCCUGCAGGCGGUGCCGGCGGUGGAGGAGGAGGUGGAGGAGGUGGGCGGCGGUGUUUUGCCGGCGUCUUGCCUGGCGGAGGUACUGAGGCGGCUGUCGCCCAAGGAGCUGAUGGGGGCAGCGGCUGUCUGCAGGGGGUGGAGGGGGUGCGUGAAGAGGGUGUGGCGAUCCGCUGAUGAGCUUAGGCUUAGGGUUUCUCCUCGAUCUCAGAUCGGUUUCGUUGGAUCUGUGCUCCACAAAUGCGCCAGACUGACCAGGCUGACGCUGAGGAUGGAAAGUGAUGUUGAUGCUACAUUGCUAGCUUGUGUUGCAUUCUCAUGCCCUAAUCUAGAAGCUUUUGAGAUCGGUAUUGGCGACAAUGCAGUCAAUCGGAUAACUGGGGAUGAGUUGAGCCGUUUUGUUGCUGAGAAACGGUCUCUUUCAAUUCUUAAAGUCGAAGGUUGCAAUAGUCUUGGCUUUCUCAACCUCUAUUCUUCAAGCCUAUCAAUCCUCUGGCUUUCAGACCUUUAUUGCAUUUCAAAACCGGUCAUUAGUUGUCCCAAUCUGAAGGAGCUUUCUCUUGAUUUUACUCAACAAGAAAAUGAUUCUACAGAUCUUGUUAGUAUGAUGGAUAGUCUGGGCCGUACAUGUCCACGGCUAAGAAAUAUGCAUAUUGCAUCAAUUCGACUUUGUAAUGAAGCUGUGCUUGCAUUAGCAAGUGCAAACCUAAGGGGUUUGCGCAUGCUGUCACUUGUUCUUGGUUCAAAAAUUACAGAUGCAGCUGUGGCUGCUAUAGUUUCAAGUUAUUCAAGUUUAGAGUUGCUUGAUUUAAGUGGAUCAAGCAUUAGUGACAGUGGGAUUGGAAUGAUAUGCAAUGUGUACCCUCAGGCCCUAUCCAGGCUCCUCCUUGCUCUCUGUCCUAACAUUACUUCAAGUGGAAUCCAAUUUGCUACAGCACAACUACCUCUUCUUCAGCUAAUUGACUGUGGAAUGAGCAUAUGUGAUAUGAAUUCUCAAUGUGAAAGUUCUGAAGAAAAAGGGUCGCUUGGUAGUGAAAGUAGUGGAGAAAUUACGUGUCAGAAAUCACCUACAUCAAAGCGGCAACCAAUCUACCAAAAACUAAUCAUAAAACAUGGGCGUUUGAGAAAACUCAGUUUAUGGGGCUGUUCUGGUUUAGAUGCCCUGUUUCUAAACUGUCCAGAGCUUAAUGACCUCAAUCUUAACUCUUGUACAAAUUUGCAUCCAGAGAGGUUGUUGCUCCAGUGCCCCAAUUUGACCAAUGUACAUGCUUCUGGAUGUCAAGAUAUGUUAAUUGGCGCAAUUCGAAACCAGGUUCUUAAUGAGUUUGCUGCAGCUGAAAACCAUUUACCAUGCAAGCGGCUAGCAGAUGGCUCCAAAAGGGUUCAGGUCCCUCAAUACCCUCUACAGCAGGCAUCAGAUGAUGGGAAACAAAAGAGGUUACGGCGGACCCAGUGCAUUGUGCAUAUUGACUGAUGAUUCUCAUGUAUACCAUCCAGAUUGACCCCGUCCGAGCAGACAAUCUGUUGCUUACUGGUGAUGUUUUCACUUACUGUGGGCCUGUAGACUUGAAAGUAGUAUUUGUUGUAUUAACUGUACUUCUGGGCUGCUUUCAUCAUUCUAGAUAAUGGCUUUGCCUUUGGAAAUGGGACUGCUUGUAGAAGAAUAAAUUGCAGCCUAGAUAUCUUACUGUCCUCUUCAAAGAUAAAGUUAACGUGAUUGAAACCUGCAAUUUUACGAUGGACUUGUGACAUUGGA